GAGGCGGGCGCGGAAACUUGGCUGCAGCUUUCCGGGGGCUGUGGGCCAGCCGGCGCUCGCGAAGGGCGGCGCGGGAGGGGGCCGCGGCCAGGUCCCGACGCGGCCGCCCGCUCCCACGAGCUCGGCAGUCGGCAGUCGGCAGUCCGGGCGGGCCCGCCCGCCGUCCUCGCUGAAGGGGCGCGCCCCGCGCUGCCCGGCGCCGCCCACUCCGCUCCCCGCAGCCGCUCCUCCCUCCGCCCGGAGAGCCGCCGGCGGCGGCCGGAGAGGCCCCUCCUUCGCGUCCUUCUUUCCCUCGCUCGCAGCCGAGCGCAGCCGCCGACCCGGCUGGGCCCGCGACCCUCUCCGGCCAUGGCCGGCAACGUGAAAAAGAGCUCAGGCGCGGGGGGCGGCGGCGGCUCUGGAGGCUCGGGCGCGGGCGGCCUGAUCGGGCUCAUGAAGGACGCUUUCCAGCCGCACCACCACCACCACCACCUCAGCCCGCACCCGCCGGGGACUGUGGACAAGAAGAUGGUGGAGAAGUGCUGGAAGCUCAUGGACAAGGUGGUGCGGUUGUGUCAGAACCCAAAGCUGGCGCUAAAGAAUAGUCCGCCUUAUAUUUUAGACCUGUUGCCCGACACCUACCAACAUCUUCGUACUAUCUUGUCAAGAUACGAGGGGAAGAUGGAGACGCUUGGAGAAAAUGAGUAUUUCAGGGUGUUCAUGGAAAAUUUGAUGAAGAAAACUAAACAGACCAUAAGCCUUUUCAAGGAGGGAAAAGAAAGAAUGUAUGAAGAGAAUUCUCAGCCUAGGCGAAACCUAACCAAACUGUCCCUGAUCUUCAGCCACAUGCUGGCAGAACUGAAAGGCAUCUUUCCAAGUGGACUCUUUCAGGGAGACUCAUUUAGGAUCACUAAAGCUGAUGCUGCGGAAUUUUGGAAAAAAGCUUUUGAAGAAAAGACAAUAGUCCCUUGGAAGAGCUUUCGACAGGCCCUCCAUGAUGUUCAUCCUAUCAGUUCUGGACUCGAGGCCAUGGCUCUGAAAUCCACCAUUGAUCUGACCUGUAAUGAUUAUAUUUCUGUUUUUGAAUUUGACAUCUUUACACGACUUUUUCAGCCCUGGUCCUCUUUGCUCAGGAAUUGGAACAGCCUUGCUGUAACGCAUCCUGGUUACAUGGCUUUUCUGACAUAUGAUGAAGUGAAAGCUCGGCUCCAGAAAUUCAUUCACAAACCUGGCAGUUACAUCUUCAGGCUGAGCUGUACUCGUCUGGGUCAGUGGGCUAUUGGGUAUGUGACUGCUGACGGCAACAUUCUGCAGACGAUCCCUCACAAUAAGCCUCUCUUCCAAGCACUGAUCGACGGCUUUCGGGAAGGCUUUUACUUGUUUCCUGAUGGACGAAAUCAGAACCCUGACCUGACAGGCCUGUGUGAACCAACUCCCCAAGACCACAUCAAAGUGACCCAGGAACAAUAUGAAUUGUACUGUGAGAUGGGCUCCACGUUCCAGCUGUGUAAAAUAUGUGCUGAAAAUGAUAAGGAUGUAAAGAUUGAGCCCUGUGGACAUCUCAUGUGCACAUCUUGUCUGACAUCCUGGCAGGAAUCAGAAGGUCAGGGCUGUCCCUUCUGCCGCUGUGAAAUCAAAGGGACAGAGCCCAUUGUGGUGGAUCCGUUUGACCCUCGAGGCAGUGGCAGCCUGUUGAGGCAAGGAGCAGAAGGAGCUCCCUCCCCAAAUUAUGAUGAUGACGAUGAUGAACGAGCUGAUGAUUCUCUCUUCAUGAUGAAAGAAUUGGCUGGUGCCAAGGUGGAACGGCCCCCUUCUCCGUUUUCAGUGGCCCCACAAGCUUCCCUCCCCCCAGUGCCACCACGGCUGGACCUUCUGCAGCAGCGGGUGUCUGUUCCUCCAAGUGCUUCUGGUCUAGGAACUGCCCCCAAGGCUGCCUCUGCAUCCCUCCAUAAGGACAAGCCCUUGCCAAUCCCGCCUACACUUCGAGAUCUUCCACCACCCCCGCCUCCAGAGCGACCGUAUGCAGCUGGAGCAGAAACGCGACCUCAGAGACGCCCCCUCCCCUGUACACCAGGCGAUUGUCCAGGCAGGGACAAACUGCCCCCUGUACCCUCUAGCCGUCUUGGGGACUCAUGGUUGCCCCGGCCAAUCCCCAAAGUACCAGUAGCUACUCCAAGCCCCAGUGACCCCUGGACUGGCAGAGAAUUAACCAACCGGCACUCACUUCCAUUUUCGUUGCCCUCUCAAAUGGAGAGCAGAGCAGAUAUGGCUAGGCUUGGAAGCACGUUCAGUCUGGAUACCUCCCUGAAUAUGAGUAAUAGUCCAUUAGCAGGUCCAGAGUGCGAGCACCCCAAAAUCAAACCUUCCUCAUCUGCCAAUGCCAUUUAUUCACUGGCUGCCAGACCUCUUCCAGUGCCAAAACUGCCGCCUGGAGAACGGGGUGAGAGUGAGGAGGACACAGAAUACAUGACUCCCUCUUCUAGGCCGACAGGGCUUCAAAAGCCAGACUUGAAACGGCCUUCAGAGACAGCCCAGAGUUCACGAGCGGGUGACUGUGACCAGCAGACUGAUAGCUGCACAUACGAAGCAAUGUAUAAUAUUCAGUCCCAGGCGCCGUCUGCCACCGAGAGCAGCACCUUUGGUGAAGGCAUUUUGGCUGCAGCCCACACAAGCACUGGCCCUGAGGAAUCAGAAAAUGACGAUGAUGGCUAUGAUGUCCCUAAGCCACCGGUACCAGCUGUCCUAGCCCGCCGGACUCUCUCGGACAUCUCCAAUGCGAGCUCUUCCUUAGGCUGGUUGUCUCUGGAUGCUGAACCCUCAACAAAUUUUACUGAGGGUUCUCAAGUUCCCGAGCGGCCCCCAAAACCAUUUCCUCGGAGAAUCAACUCUGAACGGAAAGCAGGUAGCUGUCAGCAAGGCGGUGGUGUUGCCGUGGCCACCCCCGCUGCCACCCCAACGCCUCAGCUCUCCAGUGAGAUUGAAAACCUCAUGAGCCAGGGCUACUCCUACCAGGACAUUCAGAAAGCUUUGGUCAUCGCCCACAACAACAUUGAAAUGGCCAAAAACAUCCUCCGAGAAUUCGUUACUAUUUCAUCCCCUGCUCAUGUGGCCACCUAGCACAUCCCUCCCUAUCACAGCUGCGAGCAUCCAAGAGCUGGGCUCUUGAGGAGCAUCUAGGAGGGCAGAAGCUCUUUUGGGGACUUCACAGUGAGGUCCUGCCCUCUCUGUGAGUAUCAUACCAUGGUCCCAAGAUUUCAAAGCAGUGGAAUGAAAAUGGAGCAGCUAAUGUGUUUUAUUAUUGUAUUGUUCUUGGAGGUGUCCUUCAGUCCCUACUUGGAGAAAGUGUGGAUUUUUAUUACGUGGUAACCUUCCUGAGGAACAGUCCAGAAAGCAGUAGAAUAAGUAUUGUGCUGUAAACCCUAAUUGAGGACGUAAGACUUUCCUUGGUGGAGGAUAUGUUCAUGUCUGUCUGUCUGUCUGUGGUUGUGUGUCCUGUGAUGAUAAGAUUAUUCUGCUGGGUUAAUCUCAAGUGGGGAAUUAGUACAAGAGGUUCAGGAAGGAAUCUUUGGGAAGACUUCGGCUGCUGUGGUAUUCCACCCGGCUCCUGUGUGUACCACACCUUCAGCACUCCCCGUUGGCUUAGGUCAGCAUGUGCAUAGCUAAAACGUCGUGCAUUUUUAAGAACACUUUCCUGUCCUUUACCUCUCAGCCCACCCUCAGUGUUCUGUCAUUGGCAGUGGGCCUACAGUGGCUAGCCUUCCUGAGGCCACGCCCUUAGGGGGCGUUCUGUGUUGUGUGACAGUAUUGGUUUGUUUGGCCGAGGUAGGUAAGAGAGAAAGCACUGUGGCUGUGUCACUGUAGUCAUGUCUAAUGCUAGCAGUUAACACGGGGCACUCCAAAGCAGUGUGGUAGGAACAUUGGAUUUGCUGAAAUAAGAUUUGAAUUAUCCUAAUUACAUGAUGACUGAUGUGAGAUAGAGGCCUUCAGAUACAUUCCAUGUCCUCCCCAGUAAUUACUCUGUGGGAGUCCGUUGCCUUGAUGCCAGGCGUGUGAUCUGGUAUAGGUCAUGAGUCUUUCUACUUCACAGUAGGGGACGAACAUGUUUCCAGGAUGACUUUCUGGCCCAAACACCAUGAAACUUCUAGGAAAUUUCACUUAUAGGCUAUUUAGAUGCACAAAGUAGAUAGGAUUUAUCUGUUUAGUUUUUCUUUCCAGUUAAUCAGUUACAGCUUACAUGGGUAUCUUUUUGAACAUGAGCCAGAUUAGCUUUUCUUCAGAAAUGACUUUGUUUGUCCUUGUGGUAGGGCAGCAUUUUGUGGAUCAUUCGCACCUUUCCUGUAUUGGUGACUUGGUUUUCUCUCGUGCCUAGGGCUUUGGGAAUGAAAUGUUGCUUUCCUCCAUUUCUUGCCUUUUUUAUUCCCUUUAUGUGCCAUGUACACUGUGUUUACUCUCUGAAAUAAAUUACUCUAAUCAAAGAUAACAUGGGAAAAGGCUGGCAGUUUGUGACCUUGCAAGUCCAGCCGGGAGACCCUCUGUGCUGUGGAUGCUGCCCAGCGACUGAGCAGCGUGCACUCCUUCCCCUUGUCAGAAGCCAGCCUGCUGUCUGCAAAGUUACCUUCCUCAGGAUCAGUCCAGACGAGAAUGACCCUGCUAAAGCCAGCUUUCUUGUCCUGCUCUGAGUCUUCUCAGGGUGUCCAUCUGCUCCACAAUCUUGGUGUUUUAUCCUCUUGGCUCAAGCUAUGUAUAUUCCUAAAACAGACCGUGCAGGGCUUGAUGAGGCUUGCUGUGGUUGCUAGGGUCAUCUCCUGUCUCCCCCACAGGGGAGGAAACAGCGGAGCCCCCGUGGGCGCAGUUCCUGCACUGGGAUGGAGGGAGGCGGGGAAGGGGGCGGCAAGUAAGCAGCUGUGGGCUAACGUCCCCAUUCUAAAAGCAGGUAGUGUUUAGUUUUACAUUUUGCUUAAAUACUGAAGGCCUAAACUAAGAACUAGGAAAGGGAAAAUGCCAGCAGUUUCCAGGACUAUCCAGAUGAUCAGAUUUUUCUCUCUAGAUAUUUCUCUUAAUUUGAAGAUCUGUUAAGAAAAAAAGCUCUGGCUGCAUCUCUUCUGCCUGUCCAGUGCAUCCCCACCCUGCAUGAGAUUAUUGUCUGUCCUGGCCAAGCUGAAGUUUUUUCCUUUCUCUGCUGAGCAACUGUGUGGCUCUUCAAUCCACCCUGAAACUGAUGGUCCAGGCGUCUGUGUCAAGCCUGUGCACACUGGUGAGCUUGGGCAGUGAUUGGGUAGAUGAAAAUCUGCAGGUGUCAAAGGCUUUGGACCAUUGUGUCAUGCUCGUGCCUCAGGUGCUCAGAGAAAAUGCCAGGGUCUCAGCUGGAAAUUGACAACCUUAAGAAGGUUGUCACACAAUUCCUGUUUAGAGGAUGGACUCAAAAUGUAAAUUUCAUUCUACUUUUCUUUGAAGCAUCUAUUAUUCAUCUUUCAUUUGUAUUCUGACUGGGGGGGAAUUAGUACAAGAGGGGGUGGGGGACAUCUCGAGGGAUUGGGCCCAGGGCCUUUGCAUUGAGCCACAUUCCUAGCCUUUCUUUAAAUUCUGAGAUAGGGUCUUACUGAGUUGUGCAGGCUGGCUUGAACUUGCUGUUACCCUGCCUCAGCCUCUCAGAAUGCUGAGCUGAUGGGGUUACAGGUGUGUGGUGCUGUGCUGGACUUACACUCCAAUUUUGAAUACUCUGGCUCUUGCUCUGAAGUUAACUUAAAUUGCCAUUCAGUAGGCUUUGAGUUUGCCAUUUUUAGCGAGCCCAGUCCUUUUUCUCCCUCCCCAUUAGAAAUGGUUGAUAUGUUCAAGAAAACCACUUUAAUUUUUCUGUUUUUAAAGAUUCAUUAGGCUGUUGUAUUAACCCAAUUUUUUGUUUUCUGUGGGUUUUUUGUUUGUUUGUUUUUUGGUACCAGGGAUCAAACCCAUGACCUCACGCUUGCGAAGCAGGCACUUGUUUGGCUGAGCUAAAUCCCUGGCUGGCCUCAAUUUCCUAUUUUCUGUUUUGGUACCGAGAAUCAAACUAGGACUUGCACUUGCCAGGCAGGUGCUUUGCUAUGAGCUAAAUCCUUGGCCCUCUGUGUUUUUUGUGUGUUGCUUUACAUAAGCUGCCUCGUUGCGAGCUGGCUGUCGUGCAGCUUGCAAAACUGUACUUGCGCAGCUGCCCUUCCACACUCCUGCUAAAUCCGAAGUCCUCAGAGUGGAAAACCUGUGGGGUCUAGACUGUGCCUCCCCUUAGCUAAGCGGUGGAUUGGGUAGCCCGUCAUCUCAGCAUGUAUGUGCUAGUACUUAUGUAAAUACAGUGGUGGUCUCUCGCCGGGGUCAGCCCUUGGCUCCCGCCAGCCCUCUUUCCCCAGCCCCGCCCCCACAGCCUGCUGUUCUCCGGUGGUCUCUUCUCUUCUCAGCAGCCUCACCACCAGGUCUCAAGAUGCCGGGCAGUACUGUUCACAGCAUUCAGCAUUUACUUUGAACUGAAACAUUGGGGAGCUGGGCAUGGUGGCAUCAUUCUAGCACUCAGGAGGGUGAGGCAGAAGAAUCAUCUUGAGUUUGAGACCAACCUAGACUGCAUAAGCGAAUUCAAGGCCAGUCUGUACUGUACAGCAGGCCCUGUCUCAAAUUCCCCUCCAAAAUAUUGGGGUUGGGAAAGAUUUGUUGUUCUUCACUCUUAAAAUAUUUAUUUCCUGUGUAGGGAAGUAGAAUAUUUUAUGGUGGAAACAGCAGACUUUCAAAUCAGUUUUUAUAACACAACUUGCUUGCAAACUAAGGACCAGCUAUCUAUUCCCUUUAAGGUACAGUUAACAAUAUCUAGACGUUUGUGCUAAUUGUUCAGCAGUGUAUUAGUGCAGAAUGUUCUCCUACCUCACAUCAUGAAAGUCAAAAGCUUAUUGACCUUUCCAAACUCCCCGUCUUGCUUGUUGGCUUUCUUAACCACGAAUGACCACUAUCUGCUGAGCAGCAUAUUCUGACAGUUGGCCCAGCCACAGCAGUUCGAUGGUUCUUCAUUUAGCAGGUGUUUUGAGUACUGUGUGCCAGUGUGUCCUCCGUGCUACCACAGGGACUGCACUGGAACUGUGUGGCACGUAACUUCUUCCCAGUAAGGCGUACAGUUUAUAUGUAGCAUUUCGAUAUGACUUGCUGUCAUAGACCUGUCUUGCUAAAAAUUGCUCCAAGACUCUUCCAUUAAGCCCUGCUGCUGUCAUCAUUGUCCUCCUCCUUUUUUUUUUUUUUUUUUUUUUUUGAGACAAAAUCUUGUAUCAUUCAGGCUGGCCUUAAGCUGGUAGAAACCCUCCUGCCUCAGUCUUCACAAGUGCUGAGAAGGCAUGUGUGUGCCACCAUGCCCUGACUAACCCUGUUGUCUUCUACAGCUUUGAUAAUGUCUAGGAGAUUCCUUGGUCUUAAGUUUCAUUGAUACCCACUUGGCUGGUCACUGAGAAUUGAACUCAGUACCUUGCACUUGCCAAGCUGGCGCUUAUAUUGCUGAGCUGUAUCCUGGCCCUGACACCACCUCACCUUUGUUACAUAUUUCUAUAGGUCUGAUGAGUGGAUUGAAAGAUAUUUAGGCUCAGAGUUAACACAGUUGGGCAUUAAAUGUUUAAGCAAAGUGGUCUGCUUUUCAAUCUAGUAUCUCUCCAAGUACUCUUUUCAAUAGUGCCUUCUUUGAUCUUUUUAUUCGUCUGCUUGUGUUCCUGACACUCUUAGAAAGGUUUUUCUUUUUCACCCUCUGGCCUUUCGUCCCAGAGCAGGGAGCUCAAAGAUGCCAGGGUUUCCUGUCUACACAUCAUUCUCCUCCUAGACCUUAAAGCUUUGAAACCCAGUUGGAGAUACUUUUACCUCUGCAUAAUGCAUUAAUUAUGUUACUACUGUGAUCUCAGUCUGUGCUAGCAUCCUACCCCAUGCACCCUGCACCCCCACACCCCUACACCCCUGAAGCUGCAGUACUGGUCAUUGAACCCAGGGCCUUCCCACUGACCUACUAUCUCCAGCCUUUUGCAUUUGACGCAGAGUCUUGCUACAUUCACCAGGCUGGGCUCAAACUUGUGAUCCUCCUACAUCCAGCCCGUAGAGUGCUGGAAUUACAGGCAGAGGCCCCCAUGCCAGGCAUUUGGCUCUCUUUCCUUGGGAAUGCACAUAGCCAUUUAAUGCGUGGAGCAAGGCUAAUGGUGGAAUCAGAUCCAGCCUGAGCAUGAUUUUUGAGUGUGGUUUUUUGGGGGGUUUUUUUGUCUUUUUUGAGACAGGGUCUCGCUCUGCAGUUCAGGCUGGCCUUGAGCUCACUUUGUAGCUCUCGAAAUUGCAAUGAUCCUCCCACCUCAGCUUCCCAAGUGCUGGGAUUACAGGCAUGAGCCACCACGCUUGGCCGAUUUUUGAGAUUUUUUUGACUGCAGAAAAUUAUUAGAGCUAGCACUAUAAUAGAUAGAAGGAGGAAAAGGCGGGAUUGGAUGGGGUAAGUUCCAGACCAGGAUGCAGAUCUAACACCAUUUCUUUUUGGUGUUUUGAGGCAAGGUCUCGCUGUAUAGUUCAGGCUGGCCUUGAGCUCGUGGGGUCUUCCAGCCUCUGCCUCCCAAAGGCAGAUGACAGGCAUGCACCACCAUGCCUGGCUCUCACACCAUUUCUGUGUUCACAAUAACCUCUCCCUCCUGUCCACCUCCGAGGGCCCUUUUCACACAUAGUUGCUGUUCUUUUGCUUUUCUUUGUCCUCAGUAGGAAGUGAGCCAUGGUUCUUGGGAAGGCCUGAGUCUGCCCUUAGGGGGCACUCUCAGCCUGGUUCUGGCGCUGGCAUCUGCUCCCAUAUCCCCCUGGUGGACUCUUGGAUUGUCUGUCUUCUUACAACUUUAAGUAUCUUUUGCUUGGUCAGCAAUCUAGUGUCUUUAGAUGGACUCAGCUUUCAGCUAUUUUUUCUGCAUUUCUUGAAUCAUUUGUUUGUAGUUCCUCUUUCUUCAGUAGCCAGAUUUUUUCCCCUUAAGAUUUUAUUUUUAACUUUCCUAGUUAGGGAUCAAGCUGCACAAAGGAGGGGGUCAUUUUAAGGACACAGGGUCUGUCAUACCCAGGGUAGAAAGCCCAGUUGAUUCCUUUGCAUGGUGCUGAGACUGUAACCCUUUGCACUUAAGUCUUUCCUCCUGCUGUAGUUUGUUUGCAUGCGUGGUCCCCACGUAGACACCCCAGCGGUCAAGUUCAUACAGCCUUCAGCUGCAGGAAUCAUGACACAGAGUCCCAGUUCAUAUUUUUAAGAAUGAAUACGUUUAGCUCACACAUUGAUCAGCGUCCUUCCAGGCCACUUGGCUUUCAGCGAGGGCAAGGCGUGGUGGCAGACCAGGGAGCACCAGCACAGUCCUUUAGCUGGGAGUUGGGAACUUCUGAGGAGCAGGCUGUGGACUCCCUAGAGCCUCUGGGAAGACUUGGGCCCUAGGAGAAGAGCUACUGCUGUCCUGUCGUUUUGAGGAUGGAAAGGCAGGCUUGAGAACAUGCUGAGUUAUCAAGGAAAUCCUUAGGUUUAAUAUUGCCUGGUCACUGCCUUUGAUCCCUCCCUCCCCCAAUUAGCCUUGGCUUCCAGGAGUUUUCUCCUUCUUGAGUCUUGUCCCAGGUGACAUUUCUUAGUCUCCAUUUAGCCUCAGGUUUUUAGCCUUCUUUCUUUUAGAGAGAAGAUCACAGAUUCCCACUGUGACCACUACUCUGGGCUUCUGCACUCUCUUUAGGUUUUGGUGCUGAGUAUCUGUCUCCUGCAGCCCUCGUUACCCCCUUUCUCCUGGGCAGCGGAGCUCUGCAGCAGUGUCCUUGAGCCGCGUGCCCAAAGCACCUCGGGGACUGCUCACAGCCAUAAGAAUAGGUGAGAGUAGGGGCAGUUGCCAGGAUGUAAACUAGAGUGUGACGUGGAACGGAGCUUUUACCGCACAUCUUCCCACCUCAGUGUCCCGAUUAGCCUGGACUGCAGAUGCACACCACCACACCCAGCAUUACUACACAUCUGGUGUUCUUUUGGGUGGUUUUUUUUUUUUUCUUUUUUUGGUCUUUUUGAGACAGGGUCUCGCUAUGCAGUUCAGGCUGGCCUUGAGCUCACUUUGUAGCCCAGGCUGGCCUCGAACUUGCAUUGAUCCCCCUGCCUCAGCCUCCUGAGUAAUGGGAUUACAAGUGUGAGCCACCAUGCCCACUUACGGUUUUUAGUUUGGGUUCGGGUUUGGAUUUUUUUGGUGCUAGGGAUGGAACUCAUGACCUUGAGCUUGCAAGGCAGGUGCUUAUGCCACUGAGCUAAAUCCUCGGCCCCUGGCUAUGGUUUUUUUUAAAACCCCACCCCUACGCAUUUUUAGACAGGCUGCCUGUAUUCUUCCUUGACCCUGUGUUAAAGCUUUUUAAAAAUUUUUUUAAAGCUAUGCUGCUGCUUGCCUGGAUCUUUGGAUCCUACUUAUCCUGUCCUAGGGCCAGUGCUGAGUUGUGAGGCAUUUUGUACUGCCUUGUUUAAAACUUUUUUUAAACCACUAGAGUCAUUUGAUAAACAAGUAACCUAAACAUCCAGAAAUACACAUUGAGGUACAUAGGAAGGGCAUGGCAUCAAACUUCCCACUUGAUGGUGUAGUUCAGGCUCCUGAGUGAAGGAGCAGAGGGACAGUAAUGCCUUGUGCCUUCACAGUGUCCCAGAAAAUCUGCGCUGUCCACAGGGGGCAAUUGCCAGUGUUUCUUGGUUCCAGAAAGUAGCGCAAGAGUACGAUGGGGAAACAGGAGAGGGAGCACGAGCUCUGCACAUGCUGCAGGUUGCAUAGAAGCUGCACUGUGGAGGGGCCAGCUGUUGACUAACAGAAUAGCAGCUGUUUGGAGAUCUUGCUGCACUUUCCCUAGUAUAGUGCGUGAAAAAAAUGUGGCUCACCACUCCCUUUGUUUGUACAGAGCUAAGGCAGAAAGCCAACCUUAAAUCUACUGACCUGGCAGCUAAAACAUCCACAAAGUUCUCAUCACCUGAUCCUGUAUUCCUGAUUCAGUCCCAGCAAUGAAUGAGAGGUGGUCCCCGCAUCGCCUGGCCCAUGCCUGCCUCCACCCAGGAAGCAGAGAGGCCCAGGCGCAGCCGGGCAGCUCCUGGGCUUGGGGCCGCUUCCCUGUGCGGGCCCCUGUGCAGGCCCCGAGGCGGUGUGUGCUGGGCCUGUGCUUUGCUUUCUUCCUCCCUUCCUCCCUCUGACCUUAGGGUAGAUGAGGGUAGCUGUGCCAGGAUGGCUGUCUUGAAACAGAAGAGGCUCAGGUCUGCUGAGGCAUCUGCAGAGCACGCGCUCCUCUCUGCCCUUCUUGUGCUGCGAUGAGGGAGCCUGCACAGUGCCAGGGAGAGCGGAUGCCUCCUGACCUGCCCUGCUUGGCACUAUUCGAGUGUCUUGGCCUUGAAUGAAAAGCCUCAGUUCCUGCUGAAAUGGGGUAGGGCCUGGCAGCUGUGAGGCACCUCCUCUGUCUGCCUUUCGGCUGUGGUGACUUGGCGCUUUUAACCUUAUAUAUCUUUUUUUCUUUAUUCAAAACAAAACAAUUUUUAGCACACUGAAAAAAAAAAAAGCCAAAUGUUUUGUGCCUUUCUAAGGCAGCACUGUAUCCCAGGCUGCAUUUUAGGACUUAAUAUGGAAACACCAGAGUCUGAGCUUCUCCGCUUUAGUAUCCUAACCCUAGAAUCUUGGGGACAGGCAGUCCUUCUGUAGAUGGGAGGUGGCACAGGGGUGCAGUGUGUCUGUGGUCCCUUUCCCCUAUACCCUGGCGUCAUCUGGUUGAUUCAUUCAGCAGCUUAACUAUCAGAUUGGAUAUUUUGCCCCCUGUGGGACAAUUUCCGGGUGUGCCAACGCCGCCCAGCGUGGUCUGCCCGGAAGGCCAGGAAGUCUGAUCAGCCUCGUUGCUUUUGCUGGAUUCUGAGCCGCCACAGGCCUGUCUCUCAAGAGUUGCUCUCCUUUCAGUUGAAGGCUUCAGACUUAAAGCAUUAAACAGCUACGUCCCCUACAGCGUCUCAUUUUCCCGGGGCAGAGGCCACAAGGAACACACCAGAGGCCCGGAGGUGUGGUGGCUGUAAUAGGGUUCAGGGAAAAAAACGUUUUCAUGCAGUGACAUUUUGCUUAUCUCUCAUCCUUCAGUUCUUCCCUGCCUUUAACUAAUAAUUGGAAGAUAGAAACAGUUCUCUUUAUGGCCCUUCUUAUUCAAGAUUUUGAAAUUCUUGGCCUGGGUGGGGCUGGGGAGAACUUGGGUGUUUUCUCCAGAAUGAUGAAUCCCAAUUUGUAUAUCAGUGUUAAGAAGAAAACAAAAUACACUUAGAUGAGAUUUUUCAUGGACUAUUUUAAAAACUGUGUCAUUAAUUUAAAAAUUUAUAUUAGCAGUAUUUAAUCAUUCUCACCUGUAAAGAAUAAGAAAAACAGAAGGUAAAUAUUCUUACGGAGAAUAGCAGAGCUUUAAGAUUCAUUUUCAAGUCCAUUUUGUUUUGCCAAUGUAUUAAUGUUAGAGAUCUGUUAUACUAAUGUUAUUUAUUAAUUUUUUCAUUUCCAUAUACAGUUAACUAAAGAGCUUUUUCAAGCACCCAUGUCUGUAAAAAAAAAAUAUUUUUAAAUAAAGUUUCUUUUAUCGUA